CCCGGGGACGCUGGCGCCGCGGCUGCGGGUCGGGGGUCUCCGGGAGGGAAGCCCCUACGCGUCCCCGCGCCCGGCUGCCUGCUGGCCUCUGUCCACCCUCCCAAGCUCCACGAAGCCAGCCUGGGAGGGGACGGGGCUGGGGCACCCUGAGGGCGCCGUGGGCAGCCACCCCUCACCCCCGACGGGCUCACUCCCGGGCCUCAUCCCGUGGCCAUACCAGGCUGGUUCCAGCCCCAGGCUGGCCGCCGCAGACGCCCCCGACCCCAUGGAGGAGUGGGACGUGCCCCAGAUGAAGAAGGAGGUGGAGAGCCUCAAGUACCAGCUGGCCUUCAAGCGGGAAAUGUCAUCCAAGACCAUCCCCGAGCUCCUCAAGUGGAUCGAGGAUGGGAUUCCCAAAGACCCAUUCCUGAACCCCGACCUCAUGAAGAGCAACCCGUGGGUGGAGAAGGGCAAAUGCGCCAUCCUGUGACCCCGGCCCCGCCCCGACUGACGCCCCGGGAAGUGUCGUGUGUCGCUUUUAUAAAGCCUUCCAAGGAC